GCACUCUGCUCUGGUCGUCAAAUACCACCGCAUAAGGUUAAGAAGAGAGACAAAUUGAGACCGGCGUGGCGUGGGAAGGCAGCCAUGGCGGACAAGGACGAGGAGCAGCAGCAGCAGCAGCCGCUACACAUCCUCUUCUUCCCCUUCCUCAUCCCGGGCCACCUCAUUCCGAUGGCCGACAUCGCCGUGGUCUUCGCGGCUCGCGGCGUCAGGUGCACCAUCCUCACCACCCCCGUUCAGGCUUCCAUCAUCGGCUCCAUCGUCGACCGCGCCAACAGCAACGACGACCUCUCUUCCCAGUCGGUCCAUGUCGCCGUCGUGCCUUUCCCCGACGUCGGGCUCCCGCCGGCUGGCCAGCGCGGCACGGGCCUUGUAUCCCAGGAAGAUAAAGUGAAGUUCGGCCGGGCGGUGCAGCUGCUCCGGGAGCCCUUCGAACGGUUCCUGGCUGACAGCCAUGCCGACCUCGACGCCGUGGUCUCCGACGGCUUCUACCACUGGUCCGUGGACGUCGCGGCUGAAUACGGCGUGCCGCGUCUCAUGUUCCUCGGCAUGGGUGUGUUCGCCCGGUCCUGCUCCGAGCACGUGUUGUCGCAGGAGCAUAGGCACAACCCCGACGGCGACGAUCCUGAUGCCGUCGUGUCGCUGCCGGGUCUACCGCACGGCGUGGAGCUGAGGCGGAGCCAGAUGAUGAAGGAGCCGCACUACCUGGAGUUCUUCCGGUGCGUCUAUGCCGCAGGCCGGAGGAGCUACGGCGAGCUGUUCAACAGCUUCCAAGAGCUGGAGCGGGACAGCGCCGAGCACUACCGCACGAUGCUCGGCGGCCGCGCGUGGUUCGUUGGGCCAGUCGCGCUCGCCAGCGGUAGCAAGGACGUGGCGUCAAGGGGCACCGACGCGCUCUCGCUGGACGCGGACGGCUGUCUCCGGUGGCUGGACUCCAAGCCGGCUGGCUCGGUGGCAUACGUCGCAUUUGGUACGCUGACCAGCUUCUCGCCGGAGCAGCUACGGGAGCUCGCCCGCGGCCUUGACAUCUCAGGCAAGAACUUUGUGUGGGUCAUCUCCGGCGCCGACGCAGCAUCGUCGGACCUAUGGAUGCCAGAAGGCUUCCAGACAGCUUCGCGUGGGUACAUCAUCCGUGGCUGGGCGCCGCAGGUGCUCAUUCUAAACCACCCGGCCAUGGCCUGCUUCGUGACGCACUGCGGGUGGAACUCGACGCUGGAGGCGGUGAGCGCCGGCGUACCGAUGAUGACCUGGCCACGGUAUGCUGACCAGUUCUUUAACGAGAAGCUCGUCGUGGACGUGCUCAAAGUGGGCGUCAGCGUGGGCGCCAGGGACAACGCGUCGUCUGCGGAGGCCCACCAGGUGAUCGGAGGCGGCGUGAUUGCCAAGUGUGUCACGAGACUGAUGGAGGUGCAGGGCGACGUAAUGCGGAAGAAGGUGGAAGAUCUUGGCGUCAAGGCAAGAGACGCGGUGGAGAAGGGUGGCUCGUCGUACGGUGACGUUGGACGGCUGGUGGACGACCUUAAGGCCCGUCGGAGUAGGCAACGUGAUUGACUCGAUGGCGCCGGCGACGUCUCGUUAAUUUUCUUUUCAAUAAAAGGGAGAUUUACGAGAAAAGCAUAUCUACCAUGUAGGGGAUAUCCCAUGCAUAAUUCAGGAGUUGGGAUUUGGUUA